AUGAGGUUCGAUCUGCUCAUCGCCGGUGCCGGCGUUCUCGGUUCUGUCUCUGCAGCAAAGCCCUCCAAGUUCGUCAACGAGAAGGACUUGAUCAAGGAGGUCAAGUUCAAGAACUUGCUCAAGGGCUCUGAGAAGCUCCAGAGGAUCGCUGACAAGUAUGGCGGAAACCGAGCCUUCGGAGGAGGCGGUCACAACGCCACUACCGAUUGGCUCUACGACAGCCUGAAGAAGUUCGGCGAUGACUACUGGGAGGUCUACAAGCAGCCCUUUGUUGAGCUGUUCACCGCCGCCACCGUCGAGCUCACUGUUGCCGGUGCCGCUACCAAGGCUGAAUACCUGACCUACGGCCCUUCGGCUAACGAUGUCACGGGCAACCUUGUCAAGGUCAACAACCUUGGCUGUGACGCCGCGGACUAUCCUGCUACUGUCGCUGGGAGCGUUGCUUUCAUUUCUCGUGGAACCUGCACAUUCGCUAUCAAGGCCGCGAACGCGAAGGCUGCUGGCGCUAUUGGAGCUAUCAUCUACAAUAACAUUCCUCUUCAGCCGCUGUCUGGAACCCUCGGAGGAGACGGUGACUAUGCUCCCGUCGUUGGUGUCACUCAGGAGGUUGGCAAUGACCUUCUCUCCAAGAUUGGCAACAGCACCGCUGUCGCUGCCACAUUGUCCAUUGAGGUCAUCCGCGAGAACCGCACCAACUACAACGUCAUCGCCGAAACCAAGGGCGGAGACAAGAACAACGUUCUGAUGAUCGGCGGUCACACCGACUCGGUCUACGCUGGCCCCGGCAUCAACGACGACGGUUCAGGUACCAUCGGCGUACUUGUCGUUGCCGAAGCUCUCGCAAAGUACAAGGUCAAGAAUGCCGUCCGUCUCGGCUUCUGGGGUGCUGAGGAGUUCGGCAAGCUGGGCUCGUUCCACUACCUCAAGACCCUCAACGGCAGCAUUUCUGGCGGACCCGAGGAAGUCGCUAAGAUCCGCGCGUACCUUAACUUCGAUAUGAUUGCAUCGCCCAACUAUGUCUACGGUAUCUACGACGGCGAUGGCAGCGCCUUCAACUUCUCCGGCCCUGCUGGCUCCGACACCAUCGAGAAGGACUUCGAGAAGUUCUACGAGGCCAACGGCCAGAAGCACGUCCCCUCCCUCUUCACUCUGCGCUCCGACUACGCCGCCUUCCUCGAGAACGGCAUUCCCUCCGGUGGUCUCUUCACCGGUGCUGAGACCCUCAAGACCGCCGAGGAGCAGGCCAUGUUCGGCGGCACUGCCGGCGUCGCCCUCGACCCCUGCUACCACUUGAAGUGCGACGACAUCAACAACCUCAACCACGAAGCCUACCUGCUCAACACCCAGAGCAUCGCCAACUCUGUCGCCAAGUACGCCAUGAGCUGGGGCGGUAUCCCCAAGCCCAACGCUACCCUACGCAAGAGGGAUGCGGGUGCUGCGCGCUUUGCGGCGCGCUCUGACAAGGGCGGACACGAGCACCACGGUCAGCCUUGCGGCAGUGGGCACGAUGAGUUGUAG